GCCGUCUCCGCUGGAGCAGCGUCUUCGGGACAAUUACCUGACUGCCGAGAAUGUGAAUUAGAAGGACCUCCCUGUUCUGAAGUGUCUAUUACGGGUUAUUUCCAUGAAAUUCCAUCCCCCAGCACUACACUAUGAUCCUUGGCAGGCUCUUUUCCAGUACGUAAAAAAAAGCCAGGGAUGUGUCUCCGCACGACCAUCCUUGGCUUCUAUUUUCCUUCUAAUUCUAGAAGAGAAUAUUAUGAAGCCAAGGAAGAUGUAGUUCUGAGAAAUGGAGUUCCGAAGUUUCUAAGUCUAGCAGGGCCAGAGAUGACAACAAAAAGGUUGAAGGACGAAUGGAAAGGGUAUUAUGACUUUAAUAUUUUAUGCUUCUUGAAGUUGAAUUUGAAAUGAUAAGGAAUGUACCCUUACAAAAAUCUUAGCUGUUCCAUCUUGUCACAAGAAUUUACAGUAGCAACCAACCACAAGCACCUUCAUAGAAGUAAUUUCAUUUCCAAUUCCUCCUCUUCAAAGCUUCUAGUGAUGGACAGUAAUCAUUUGAGAUGCACACAUGAUGAUGAAAGCACUUCUAAGCAGAAAAUAGCCGGUUAAUUUUCCUUCGACUAUCGUAUCGACAAGCUAUGUAUCUCCAUGUCAAAACUCUCAGUUGCUCCAUCUGAUCUGUACAAGUCGGGACUCUUUUGGCGAUCCUGCAGCAGCUGCCACCAGUAGGGUCCCAACUACAGGAUUAGACCUGCUUAUCGAAGGUUCUGGCUCGGCAGACUUGAUUAGGGCAGCUAUUGUAGCAGGACUGAUUAGGAUGUCUAUCAAUCUAAGUACUUUAUAUCAAAUCUAGUAAAAGAGGACGACCGUAUAAUUUUAAUUGAUAUAUUAAUCUUCUAUGAGCAUGAGGACGUUACAUAUUGUGUGACAAACGGACAACACAUGUAGUUGAAAUUGAUAAGUGUACAGGCUGGCGGUUAGGCGUUACGACUGCAGCACUGCGCAGUUGGCUUAGUGGUUUAGGUCUCGGAGGUUCCUAAUAUGACAGCUCUCAUCCUAGGUUAAUCCCUCCAUCCAGCGAUUAAUCGACCUGAUUAAGUGAUUGAAUGGGAGGCAGCAUAUUUAUCGUCCUAACGAAAGAAAUCUAAUAUGACAGCUCUCCACCAACAAGAA